AUGUUAGCAGGGCGCCCCUUGGCGGCUUACUUCGAGCAGAAGAAAAUGGCCGGGCGACGAAAAUUUCUAAACGGGAUUUUAGGAGAUGAUUCGGAGCAUUUGCUGGCAAUCGACCGCUUUCUGCAUGAGCAUUCUGUGAAGGACGAAUUUUUGCAUCAAGCCAUUCAUACAAUCGAGUUUGUCUUGGGUUGUGUCUCUCACACGGCAUCAUAUCUUCGAUUAUGGGCUCUCAGUUUAGCGCAUGCUCAGCUUUCUGAAGUCUUAUGGGAAAUGGUUCUGAUCCGAGGUCUAUCGGCCGGUGGAAACCUUAUCACGUCUUCAAUAUUGUCAUAUGUGGUCUUCUUCUUUUUUGCCGUGUUGUCCCUAUCGAUACUGGUGAUUAUGGAAGGAUUAUCGGCAUUUCUACAUGCCCUUCGACUGCAUUGGGUAGAGUUCCAGUCCAAGUUCUAUCAAGGUGCUGGUCAUGCUUUCCGUCCCUACUCGUUACAAGAAUGUCUAGAAACAGCCCAACACUUGUCUGAGGUCACUGAAGAUGUUAAAAAUGUUGCGUGA